AUGCCCGCCGCGCGCCUCCUGCGGCUGCUGCUGGCGCUCUGGGCGGCGGGGGCCGGCGCGCCCCGGACCCCGACCCGGCUGGCCGCGACCCCCGGGGACGCCACCCUGGCCUUCGUCUUCGACGUGACCGGCUCCAUGUGGGACGACCUGCUGCAGGUGAUCGACGGCGCCUCGCGCAUCCUGGAGCGCAGCCUGGACGGCCGCGCCGUCUCCAACUACGCGCUGGUGCCCUUCCACGACCCAGACAUUGGCCCUGUGACCCUGACUGCGGACCCGGCGGUGUUCCAGAGGGAGCUGAGAGAGCUCUACGUGCAGGGUGGCGGCGACUGCCCGGAGAUGAGCGUGGGGGCCAUCAAGGCCGCCGUGGAGGUGGCCAACCCCGGCUCCUUCAUCUACGUCUUCUCGGACGCCCGCGCCAAGGACCACCACCGCACGGAGGAGCUGCUGCGGCUCCUGCAGCUGAAGCAGUCGCAGGUGGUCUUCGUGCUGACCGGGGACUGUGGUGACCGCACGCAUCCCGGCUACCUGGCCUACGAGGACAUUGCCGCCACCAGCUCCGGGCAGGUGUUCCACCUGGACAAGCAGCAGGUGACCGAGGUACUGAAGUGGGUGGAGUCAGCACUCCAGGCCUCCAAGGUGCACCUGCUGUCCACGGACCACGAGGAGGAAGGCGAGCACCUGUGGAACAUCCCUUUUGACCCCAGCCUGAAGGAGGUCACCAUCUCCUUGAGCGGCCCAGGGCCUGAGAUCCAAGUCCGGGACCCGCUGGGGCGGAUCUUGAAGAAGGACGAGGGCCUUAAUGUGCUCCUCAAUAUCCCUGACUCGGCCAAGGUCGUGGCCUUUAAGCCUGAGCAUCCUGGACUGUGGUCCAUCAAGGUCUACAGCAGCGGCCGCCAUUCCGUGAGGAUCACGGGCAUCAGCGACAUCAACUUCCGAGCCGGCUUCUCCCCUCAGCCCUCUCUGGACCUCAACCACACCAUCGAAUGGCCCCUGGAAGGGGUGCCCAUCUCGCUGGUGAUCAACUCCACGGGCCUGCAGGGACCCGGCAGCCUGGACUCGGUGGAGCUCGCCCACAGCUCGGGGCAGUCCCUCCUGACGUUGCCCAUGAGCCCCCUCGCCAACGGAUCCACCCAUCAGCUGUGGGGCGGCCCACCCUUCCAUGCUCCCCGGGAGCGCUUCUACCUCAAGGUGAAGGGCCAGGACCAUGAGGGGAACCCCCUCCUCCGUGUCUCUGGAGUUUCCUACAGUGGGGUGGCCCCAGGCACCCCCCUCGUCAGCAUGCCCCCCAGGAUCCAUGGCUACCUGCACCAGCCCCUACUGGUCUCCUGCUCCGUGCACAGCGACCUCCCCUUCCGGCUGCAGCUGCGGCGGGACGGAGUCCGGCUGGGCGAGGAGAGGCACCUCCAGGAGUCGGGAAACAGCAGCUGGGAGAUCCCGCGGGCCUCCAAGGCCGAGGAAGGCACAUACGUGUGCAUGGCCGUCAGCCGGGCGGGCACCGGACGGGCCCAGGCCCAGGUCGUCAUCACAGACCCCCCACCACAGCUGGUGCCUGCGCCCAAUGUGACCGUGUCCCCGGGGGAGACCGCCGUCCUGUCUUGCUGGGUCCUGGACGAGUUCCCCUACAACCUGACGUGGGUCCGGGACUGGCGAGUCCUGUCGGGCUCCGUGGGCAGAGUCACCCAGCUGGCCAACCUGUCCCUGGAGGUCAGCGGUGUGGUUCCCAGCGAUGGCGGGCGCUACCAGUGCGUGGCCAGCAACGCCAACGGGGUCACCAGGGCGUCUGUCUGGCUUCUGGUGCGCGAGGCCCCAAAGGUCAGCAUCCGCACCAGGUCCCAGCGCUUCUCCCAGGGUGUGGAGGUGAGAGUUAGCUGCUCGGCGUCGGGGUACCCUGCACCCCACAUCUCCUGGAGCCGUGAGGGUCGCGCCCUGCAAGAGGACAGCAGGGUCCGUGUGGAUGCCCAGGGAACCCUGAUCAUUCAGGAAGUGGCCCCAGAGGAUGCCGGGAAUUACAGCUGCCAGGCAGCUAAUGAGCUUGGCACAGAUGAGGAGACCGUCACCCUCUACUACUCAGACCCGCCGAAGGUCUCUGCUGUGAACGCCGUGGUGCUGGCAGCUGUCGGGGAGGAGGCUGUGCUGGUGUGUGACGUGUCUGGGGCACCCCCGCCCCGAGUCAUCUGGUAUCGAGGGGGUCUUGAGAUGAUCCUAGCCCCCGAGGGCUCCAGCUCGGGGACGCUGUGGAUCCCGACCACCCGGGAGAGGGAUGCCGGGGUCUACACCUGCCGUGCAGUCAACGACCUGGGUGACGCCUCCGCGGAGGUUCGGCUGGAGGUUGGAUACGCCCCCCAGCUGACGGAGGCCCCCCGGGAUGUCACUGUGGAGCUGGGGAGGAGCGCCCUUCUGGCCUGCCGGGCCACCGGUCGCCCGCCCCAAGUCACCUGGCGCCGUGGAGACGGUCAGCCCCUGGGGUCCAGGCUGGGCAGCAGGACCAGGCAGCGUGAUUCAGGAAUGCUGUUCUUUGAAAGUGUGGCCUCUGAAGACCAGGCCCUGUAUAUCUGCGAGGCGCAAAACGUCUUUGGGAAAGUCCAGGCUGAGGCCCGGCUCGUCGUGACUGGACAUGAGCCCCCCCAGAUCGCCAGCAGCGCCUCCACGGUCCGGGUGCUGGAGGGCCAGCCCGUGUCCCUGCCCUGCAUCAUCCUGGCCGGGAGGCCCCUCCCGGAGAGGCGCUGGCUCAGGGCCGGUGGGCCCCUCCCCGCUGGCGGCCGGCCUGUGGUCUGGGCGGACGGCAGCCUCCACCUUGACCAGGCGCUGCGGGAGGAUGCUGGCAGGUACAGCUGCGUCGUCAGCAACCCGGCCGGCUCUCAGCACAAGAACGUGCUACUGGUCGUCCAGGUGCCACCUAGGAUCCAGCCCACUGCCACCUACCAUGUCACCAAUGAAGGGGUUCCAGUCUCUCUCCCCUGUGUCACCUCAGGUGUCCCCAACCCCACCAUCACCUGGACCAAGGAAUCCAGCGUCCUGAGCUCCAGGGGUCCCCACUACAAUGUGAGCAAACACGGCACCCUGGUCAUCACCCAGCCCUCUGUCCAGGACGCAGGGACCUAUGUCUGCACGGCCACCAAUGCUGUGGGCUUCUCCAGCCAGGAGAUGCAGCUCUCUGUCAACACCAAACCCAGGAUCCGGGUGAAUGGGUCCCAGGACACUGACGAGCCGCUGAGAGUCGUGGCCAAGGCCGGCGACGAGGUGACCCUGGACUGCGAGGCCCAGGGCUCCCCACCCCCACUGGUCACCUGGACCAAGGACUCCCGCCCUGUGCCUCCCGUCACUGACAGGCGUGGCCUCCUCCAGUCGGGUUCCCUGCGUCUGGCCCAGGCCCAGGUCGGCGACAGCGGUCUCUACAGAUGCACAGCCAGCAACCCCGCGGGGUCUACCUCUCGGCACUACGUCCUCAGGGUGCAAGUGCCCCCUCAGGUGCAGAAGGGCCCAAGGGUCUGGAAGGUGCUGGCAGGAGAAGCUGUGGACCUGAAUUGUGUGGCCGAGGGCACCCCUGAACCCCAGCUGGAGUGGUCCAAGGACGGGAUGACCCUGCAGGGCGGGGGCUCAGUCUACUUUGCAGCCGUGCAGGCCUCUGAUGCAGGGGUGUACCGCUGCGAAGCCUCCAGCAGUGCCGGGCAGGAUGACUGGGAGCUGGAGCUCAGGGUGCUGGAGCCGCCGCACUGGGGAGCCAACGAGACCAGUGGCCUGCUGCAGAGAGUGGCGGGAGAGAACGCCAGCCUGCCGUGCCCCGCCAGAGGGACGCCCAAGCCUCAGGUCACGUGGCGGAAGGGCCCGUCCUCGGAGCCCCUGCACGGCCGCCCCGGCCUGGCGGUGCUGGACGAGGGCUCCCUGUUCCUGGCCUCAGUGUCCCCCAGCGACAGCGGCGACUACGAGUGCCGGGCCACCAACGAGGCGGGCUCUGCGUCCAGGACAGCCAAGCUGGUGGUCCUCGUGGCCCCCAGUAUCCGGGAGGACGAGCACAGAGUCAACGUGACGGGCAUGGCCGGGCAGCCCCUGACACUGGAGUGUGAUGCAAGUGGCUUUCCAGCCCCUGAGGUCGUGUGGCUCAAAGAUGGGCAGCCGAUCCCCCACCUAGGCAGUCACCGCUUCCUGGGUGCCCUCCACUUCCCCAGGAUCCAGGAGGGCGAUUCUGGCCUCUACUCCUGCCGGGCAGAGAACCAGGCCGGGACCGCCCAGAAGGACUUUGAUCUCCUUGUGCUCAUCCCACCUUCCGUGCUCGGCGCCGGGGCUGCCCAGGAGGUGCUGGGCCGGGCUGGGGCGGAGGUGCAGCUGGCGUGCCGGGCCUCGGGGGUCCCCAUGCCCCAGAUGGAGUGGACCAAGGACGGGCAGCCUGUCCUUCCGGGAGACCCUCGCGUCCAGCUCCAGGAGGACGGCCAGGUCCUCAGGAUCGCCAGCAGCCACUUGGGCGACGAGGGACGGUACCAGUGUGUGGCCUUCAGCCCAGCCGGCCAGCAGGCCAAGGACUUCCAGCUCAGCGUCCACGCACCUCCCACCAUCUGGGGCUCCAACGAGACGGGCGAGGUGGCCGUCGUGGAGGGCCAGCCCGCGCGCUUCCUGUGCGAGGCCCGAGGCGUGCCAGCUCCGGACAUCGCCUGGUUCAAGGACGGGGUGCCACUGCCCCCCAGCGCCGAGGCCGUCUACUCCAGGGGGGGCCGGCAGUUGCAGCUGGGGAGGGCCCAGGGCUCGGACGCAGGCGUCUAUACCUGCCGGGCCAGCAACCCGGCGGGGCUCGCGGAGAGGGCCAAGAGGCUGCAGGUGUAUGUGCCGCCCAGCAUCGAGGGAGCAGGAGGCGGGCCGCGCGCCGUGAAGGCUGUGGCGGGGAGGCCCCUGGCCCUGGAGUGCGUGGCCCGAGGCCACCCGCCCCCCACCCUCUCCUGGCAGCACGAGGGGCUGCCCGUGGCCGAGAGCAACAGCACGCGGCUGCAGGCGGGCGGCGCGCUGAGGCUGGAGCGCCUGGACAAGGCAGCGGGCGGCCUGUACAGCUGCGUGGCCACCAGCCCCGCCGGGGAGGCUGUGCUGCGGUACUCUGUGGAGGUGCAGGUGCCCCCACAGCUGCUGGUGGCUGAAGGCUUGGGCCAGGUGACCGCCCUCGUGGGACAGCCCCUGGAACUCCCCUGCCAGGCCUCCGGCUCCCCAGUGCCCACUAUCCAGUGGCUACAGAACGGCCGCCCAGUGGAGGAGCUGGCUGGGGUGCAGGUGGGCCCCCAAGGGACCACACUGCAGAUUGACCACGUACAGCUGGGCCAUGCCGGCCUCUUCUCCUGCCAGGCCACCAACGAGGCGGGCACUGCCGGGGCCGAGGUGGAGUUGUCCGUGCACGAGCUCCCUUCGGUGGUCAUUGUCGGGGGUGAGAAUGUCACGGCCCCUUUCCUGCAGCCCGUCACUCUCCGAUGUGAAGGGACAGGGGUGCCUGCUCCAAGCCUCCGCUGGUGGAAGGAUGGAGUAGCCCUGGCAGCCUCGGGGGGGAGCCUGCAGAUUGAAAAGGUGGACCUGAGGGACGAGGGCGUCUACACUUGCAUCGCCACUAACCUGGCCGGCGAGAGCAGGAGGGACCUGGCUCUCAAGGUCCUGGUGCCCCCCAACAUCGAACCGGUCCCCACCAACAAGGCAGUGCUGGAAAACGCCUCGGUGGCCCUGGAGUGUCUGGCUUCGGGUGUGCCCUCCCCCGAUAUUUCCUGGUUCAAGGGCCGCCAGCCUGUCUCUGCCCAGGAGGGAGUGACGGUGUCGGCAGAUGGGAGGGUCCUCCUCAUUGAGCGAGCCCAGUUUUCUGAUACUGGGAGUUACCGCUGUGUGGCAGCCAAUGUAGUGGGCAGCACAGAGCUGCAGUAUGGCCUGCGGGUCAAUGCUCCCCCACGCAUCAUGCUGCCCCCUAGCCUGCCGGGCCCCGUGCUGCUCAAUGCCCCGGUGCGGCUGACCUGCAAUGCCAGCGGAGCCCCCAGCCCCACGCUGAUGUGGCUGAAGGACGGCAACCCCGUGUCCGCUGCCGGGACCUCUGGCCUCCAGGUCUUCCCUGGGGGCCGGGUCCUCACCUUGGCCAGUGCCCGGGUGUCUGACUCUGGCAGCUACACCUGCGUGGCCGUGAACGCCGUGGGCGAGGACCGCCAGGAAGUCACCCUACAAGUCCACGUGCCCCCCAGCAUCCAAGGAGAAGAGCGGAACGUGUCUGUGCUGACCAACGAGUCGGUGGCCCUGGAGUGUCGGAGCCACGCCGUGCCCCCGCCCGUGCUGAGCUGGAGGAAGGACGGCCGCCCGCUGGACCCUCGGCCCGGCGUCCGCCUCUCUGCAGACAAGGCCUUGCUGGAGGUGCACAGAGCGGAGGUGGGCGAUGCGGGCCGCUACACCUGCGAGGCGCUGAACCAGGCAGGCCGCUCGGAGAAGCACUACAACCUCAAUGUCUGGGCCGCUCCAGUGUUCCCCUCUCGGGAGCCCCUCACCCUGACCGUGAUGGAGGGGCACCCUGCCAGGAUGUCCUGCGAGUGCUGGGGUGUCCCCUUCCCCAAGAUCUCCUGGAAGAAGGACGGUCAGUCGCUGCCCGGGGAGGGAGCUGACCUCGGGCAGGUGUCGGCCGUGGGGAGGCUGCUGUACCUGGGCCACGCCCGGCAGGCGCAGGAGGGAACGUACACCUGUGAGUGCAGCAACGUGGCGGGGAGUAGCAGCCAGGACCAGCAGCUGGAGGUGCAUGUCCCUCCUCAGAUCACUGCCCCCCGGGAGCCCCACACAGAUGUGUCCGUGGUCGAGGAUGGAGAGACCACUCUGGAAUGCAGCGCCACAGGGAAUCCCCCACCCAGGGUGACAUGGCAACGGGAUGACCAGCCGUUGGGGGCCGAGUCUGGCCUGCAGCUGCAGAACCAGGGCCAGAGCCUGCAUGUGGUGCGGGCCCAGGCGGCCCACGCUGGGCACUACAGCUGCGUGGCUGAGAACGUGGCUGGCAGGGCUGAGAGGAGGUUCUCACUCUCUGUACUGGUGCCCCCAGAGUUUGUUGGCGACUUGGACCCCCUGAGCAACAUCACAGUGGCCUUGCACAGUCCCUUGACGCUGCUCUGUGAGGCCACUGGCACCCCGCCCCCAGGGGUCCGCUGGUUCCGAGGGGAGGAGCCCAUCAGCCCCGGGGAGGACACCUACCUCUUGGCAGGUGGCUGGAUGCUGAAGAUGACCCGAGCGCAGGAGCCAGACAGAGGCCUCUACUCUUGCCUGGCGAGCAAUGAGGCUGGGGAGGCGCGGAGGAACUUCAGCGUGGAGGUCUUGGUUCCUCCUAGUAUCGAGAAUGAGGGCCUGGAGGAGGCCAUCAAGGUCCCCGAGGGACAGACAGCCCACCUGACGUGCAAUGCCGCAGGCCACCCGCAGCCCACGGUCACGUGGUUCAAAGAUGGCAGGCCCCUAGCUGGUGGAGACGCCCACCACAUUUCUCCAGAUGGAGCCCUCCUGCAGGUCCUGCAGGCCAACCUGUCCAGUGCUGGCCACUACUCCUGCAUUGCAGCCAAUGCUGUGGGCGAGAAGACCAAGCACUUGCAGCUUAGCAUCCUGGUAGUUCCCACUAUCCUGGGAGUGACCGAGAACAUUGGGGAUGAGGAGGUGACGGUCACCAUCAACAACCCCAUUUCUCUGAUCUGCGAGGCGCUGGCCUUCCCCGCCCCCACCAUCACCUGGAUGAAGGACGGGGCCCCAUUUGAGGCCUCUGACAACAUUCAGCUGCUUCCAGGCACCCAUGGGCUGCAGAUCCUGAAUGCCCAGAAGGAGGACGCUGGCCAGUACACCUGUGUGGUCACCAACGAGCUUGGGGAGGCCGUGAAGCACUACCACGUGGAGGUCCUCAUCCCUCCUUCCAUCUCUAAAGACGACCCCUUGGGGGAGGUCAGCGUGAAGGAAGUGAAGACCAAGGUCAACAGCACUUUGACCCUGGAGUGUGAGUGCUGGGCCGCACCUCCGCCCACCAUCAGCUGGUACAAGGAUGGACAGCCGGUGGCCCCCGACCAGCGGCUCCACGUCCUGGGCGAAGGGCGGCUGCUGCAGAUCCAGCCCACGCGCCUGUCGGACUCGGGCCGAUACCUGUGCGUGGCCUCCAACGCGGCCGGGGAGGACGAGCAGGACUUCAGCGUGCUCAUCCAGGUGCCCCCCAUGUUUCAGAAGGUGGGUGACGCCAGUGCAGGCUUUGAGAUCCUGUCCCAGGAGGAGGAGGCCCGGGGUGGGGUGACGGAGUACCGGGAGAUCGUGGAGAACAACCCCGUCUACCUCUACUGCGACACCAACGCGGUGCCGCCCCCCAAGCUCACCUGGUACAGGGAGGACCAGCCCCUGGUGGCCACAGACGGGGUGUCCAUCCUGCAAGGGGGCCGGGUCCUGCAGAUCCCCCUGGUGCGCGCUGAGGACACCGGGAGGUACUCCUGCAAGGCCUCCAAUGAGGUGGGCGAGGACUGGCUGCACUACGAGCUGCUGGUGCUGACCCCACCUGUGAUCCCGGGAGACACGGAGGAGCUGGUGGAGGAGGUGACCGUCAACGCCAGCAGCACUGUCAGCCUGCGGUGCCCGGCCCUGGGCAGCCCCGUGCCCUCCAUCUCGUGGCUCCAGAACGGGCUGCCUUUCUCCCCAAACCCCCGGCUGCAGGUCCUGGAGGAUGGGCAAGUCUUGCAGGUUUCCACGGCGGAGGCGGCCGACACUGCCAGCUACAUGUGUGUGGCUGAGAACCUGGCGGGUUCUGCGGAGAAGCUCUUCACCCUCAGGGUACAAGUCCCGCCACGAAUCGCAGGCCCAGAUUCGGAGCAGGUCUCCAGCAUCCACAACAGCAGCGUGUCCCUCCCCUGCGACGUCCGCGCCCACCCGAACCCAGAGGUCACGUGGUACAAGGACGGCCGGGCCCUCUCCCUGGGAGCGGAGGUCUUCCUCCUGCCUGGCACCCACACACUGCAGCUGGCUCGGGUACAGCCAUCCGACUCCGGGACAUACGUAUGUGAGGCCCUCAACGCCGCCGGCCGAGACCAGAGGCUGGUGCAGCUCAGCGUGCUGGUUCCCCCCACUUUCAGGCAGGCCCCCGGUGGUCCCCAGGAUGCGGUUCUAGUGCAGGCAGGGGACAAGGCUGUGCUGAGCUGUGAGACAGACUCGCUCCCUGAGCCAGCUGUGACCUGGUUCAAGGACAGGCAGCCCCUUGUCCCGGCACAGCGGACCCAGGUGCUUCCAGGUGGGCAGAAGCUGGAGAUCCUGGACACCCAGGUGUCAGAUAAAGGUCUCUACAGCUGUAAAGUCAGCAAUGUGGCCGGGGAGGCCAUGCGGACCUUCAUUCUCACCGUCCAGGUAUCCCCAACAUUUGAGAACCCCGAGACGGAGUUGGUGAGCCAGGUGGCUGGAAGCCCCCUGGUCCUGGCCUGUGAUGUGACGGGGGUCCCUGCGCCCACUGUGACCUGGCUGAAGGACAGAAUGCCCGUUGAGAGCAGCGUGGUGCACGGCGUGGUCUCCCGGGGGGGCCGCCUCCAGCUGAGUCGCCUACAGCCCACCCAGGCUGGCACCUACACGUGUGUGGCAGAGAGCGCCCAGGCCGAGGUCCGCAAGGACUUCGUGGUGGCUGUGCUGGUGGCCCCCCAGAUUCGGAGCUCGGGCACCACACAGGAACACAGCGUGCUGGAGGGGCAGGAGGUGCGGCUGGACUGCGAGGCCGACGGGCAGCCGCCACCCGACGUGGCCUGGCUGAAGGACGGGGGCCCCCUGGAAGAGCGCGCGGGCCCCCACCUCCGGUUCUACCUGGACAGAAGCUCCCUGGUGCUGAAGGGCCUGAGGGCCUCUGACUCGGGCGCCUACACCUGCGUGGCCCACAACGCGGCCGGGGAGGACGCCCGGCUGCACGCCGUCAGCGUGCUGGUUCCUCCCACCAUCGAGCAAGGGGCCGAGGGUUCGGGGACCCUCGUGAGCAGGCCAGGGGAGCUGGUGACCAUGGCAUGCCCGGUUCGGGGCUCCCCGCCCAUCCGUGUGAGCUGGCUCAAGGACGGCCUGCCCCUUCCGCUGUCCCAGCGCACCCACCUCCAUGGCCACGGCCGCACCCUCAGGAUCUCCCCGGUGCAGCUGGCAGAUUCUGGCACCUUCACCUGCGUGGCUGCGAGCCCGGCCGGCGUGACCAACAGGAACUUCAGCUUGCGGGUGCACGAGCCGCCUGUCCUGGAGCCGGUGGAGUUAGAGGAAGAUGUGGCAGUGGUGCGGGGCUCUCCGCUGGUCCUCCCCUGUGAAGCCCAGGGCAGCCCCCUGCCCCUCGUGUCGUGGCUGAAGGAUGGGGAGCCCUGGUUGUCCCAGAGUCUGGAGCAGGGUCCUGGUCUGCAGCUGGAGGCGGUGGGACCCAGUGACUCGGGGACCUACUCCUGCGUGGCCGUGAACGAGGCGGGCGAGGCCAGGAGGCACUUCCAGCUGACCGUGAUGGAUCCCCCCCACAUCAAGGACUCAGGCCAGCCUGCAGAGCUAUCACUGACCCCCGGCACCCCCUUGGAGCUCCCCUGUGAUGCCCAGGGCACCCCCCAGCCCAACAUCACCUGGCAUAAGGAUGGGCAGGCCCUGAGCUGGACAGAGAAUGGCAACAGGGCUGGCCGGGUGCUGCGGGUGGACGCUGUGCAGGUGGGCGAUGCCGGACUAUACACUUGCCUGGCCCAGAAUCCAGCUGGUGAAGCUGAGAAGAGUUUCCGGGUCAGAGUUCAAGCUCCCCCAAAUGUUAUCGGGCCCCGAGGCCCCCGCUCUGUGGUUGGCCUGGCACCAGGGGAGCUGGUUCUGGAAUGCUCCGUGGAGGCAGAACCAGCACCUGAGAUCGAGUGGCACCGAGAUGGCGUCCUGCUGCAGGCGGACGCGCACACCCAGUUCCCAGAGGGAGGCAGGUUCCUCCGGCUGCAGGCCCUGAGCCUGGCCGACGGCGGGGACUACGGCUGCACGGCCCGCAACGCCGCGGGCAGCACCAGCGUGGCCUUCCACGUGGAGAUCCACACGGUGCCCACCAUCCGGCCGGGACCACCCGCGGUGAACGCCUCUGUCAACCAGACAGCCCUGCUGCCCUGCCAGGCAGAUGGCACCCCUCUGCCCCUGCUGAGCUGGCGGAAGGACGGAGCCCCCCUGGAUCCUGAGAACCCCAGGUUGCAGGUGCUGCCAGAGGGUUCCCUGAGGAUCCAGCCGGUCCUCGCCCAGGACGCCGGCCACUACCUCUGCCUGGCGUCCAACUCUGCAGGCUCCGAUCGGCAAGGCCAUGACCUCCAGGUCUUCGAGCCUCCAACCAUCGUCCCCAGCUCCUCCAACCUGACGCUGACUGCACACACCCCUGCGUCGCUGCCCUGUGAGGCCAGCGGCUCCCCCAAGCCCCUCGUGGUCUGGCAGAAGGACGGACAGAAACUGGACUUCCGUCUGCAGCAGGGUGCCUACCGGCUCCUACCCUCCAAUGCCCUGCUCCUCACGAACCCCGGGCCCCAGGACUCAGCUCAGUUUGAGUGUGUGGUGAGCAACGAGGUGGGCGAGGCCCGCAGCCUCUUCCUGGUGACUGUUCACAUGCCCCCCACCAUUGCUGAUGACCAGACGGACUUCACUGUGACCAAGAUGGCGCCCGUGGUGCUCACGUGCCAUAGCUCAGGUGUGCCAGCCCCUGUUGUGUCCUGGAGCAAGGCGGGCACCCGGCUGGGUGUGCGGGGGAGUGGCUACCGUGUCUUGCCUUCAGGCGCCCUGGAAAUCAGACAGGCCCUGCCCAUCCACGCCGGCCGCUACACCUGCACCGCCCGGAACUCCGCAGGCGUCGCCCAUAAGCACGUGGCCCUCACCGUGCAAGCCUCCCCCGUGGUGAAGCCCCUGCCCAGCGUGGUCCGGGCGGUGGCUGAGGAGGAGGUGCUGCUGCCCUGCGAGGCCCUGGGCGUCCCCCGGCCGAGCGUCACCUGGCAGAAGGAGGGGCUCAGCGUCGCGGCCGGAGCCGGCGUGCAGGUCCUGCGCAGCGGGCACCUGCAGCUCGUGCGCGUCAGCCCGGACGACGCCGGCAACUACCUGUGCAUCGCCCAGAACAGUGCGGGCAGCGCCCUGGGGAAGACACGGCUGGUGGUGCAGGUGCCCCCCAUGAUCGAGACUGGCCUCGCUGACCUGUCCACCACCGAAGGCUCCCAUGCGCUCUUGCCCUGCACGGCCAGCGGCAGUCCCCAGCCGGACAUCACCUGGGAAAAAGAUGGCCAGCCCGUGUCCGGCACCGGGGGGAAGUUCACCAUCCAGCCUUCCGGGGAGCUGCUGCUGAAGGACUCGGAGAGCCAGGACGCCGGCACCUACACCUGCACCGCUGAAAACGCCGUGGGCCGCGCCCGCCGCCGCAUUCACCUCACCAUCCUGGCACUGCCCGUCUUCACCACGCUGCCUGGGGACCGCAGCCUGCGCCUCGGGGACAGGCUGUGGCUUCGCUGCGCCGCCCGGGGCAGCCCACCCCCCCGCAUCGGCUGGACCAUCAAUGACCGGCUCGUCACGGAGGGGGUGUCUGAACAGGAUGGGGGCAGCACACUGCAGCGGGUGGCCGUGACCAGAGAGGACAGCGGGACCUACGUCUGCUGGGCCGAGAACAGAGUGGGCCGCGUGCAGGCGGUCAGCUUCGUCCACGUGAAGGAGGCUCCCGUCCUGCAGGGAGAGGCUUUCUCCUACCUGGUGGAACCUGUAGGGGGCAGCGUCCGGCUGGACUGUGUGGUCCGAGGAGACCCGGCGCCCGACAUCCGCUGGCUCAAGGAUGGCCUUCCUCUGCGGGGCAGCCGCCUCCGGCACCGGCUACAGAAUGGCUCACUGACCAUCCGCAGGACAGAGAGGGACGACGCGGGACGGUACCAGUGCCUGGCGCGGAGCGAGCUGGGCGCCGUGGAGAGAGUGGUGCUCCUCGUGCUGCAGAGUGCCCCGGUCUUCCAGGUGGAACCACAGGACGUGACGGUGAGCUCGGGAGACACGGUGGCCCUGCCUUGCCAGGCCGAGGGGGAGCCGGCGCCCACCAUCCAGUGGCUGCGGGCGGGACAGCCCCUGCGGGCCAGCCGGCGGCUGCGCACCCUACCGGACGGGAGCCUGUGGCUGGAGCACGCCGAGGUCGGGGACUCGGGGGCCUACGAGUGCGUCGCUCACAAUCCCCUGGGCUCGGCCACCGCCCAGGCGGUCCUGGCCGUGAGAGGGGAGCCCCGGGGGAGCUGGGGCAGCAUGAUAGGGGUGAUUAACGGCCAGGAACUUGGCGUGGCCGCCCUCAACACCAGCGUGCAGCAGGAGGCGCGUUCUGGGCGCACCACCGUCCGGAGCAGCAUCAGCCACAUCCCUGCCAACGUGGGGCCUCUGAUGCGGGUGCUUGUGGCCACCAUCGCUCCCGUCUACUGGGCCCUGACUGGAGAGAGUGGGGACACCCUGAAUGGCCACUCCCUGACGGGUGGCAACUUCCGGCAAGAGUCGCACGUGGAGUUUGCUACAGGAGAGCUACUCACCAUGACCCAGGUGGCCCGGGGCCUGGAUCCUGACGGCUUCCUGCUCCUCGACGUGGAGGUCAAUGGCGUCGUCCCCGAGAGCCUGGCUGAUGCAGACCUCCAAGUGCAGGACUUCCAGGAACACUACGUGCAGACGGGGCCUGGCCAGCUCUUCGUGGGCUCCACUCAGGGCUUCCUGCAGGACGGCCUCCCAGCAAUCCUGCGCUGCAACCACAGCAUCCGGUACGACGCGGCCCGGGGGCCCCAGCCCCAGCUGGUGCAGCACCUGCGGGCCUCCGCCGUCCACAGCGACUUCGACCCCGAGGCCGAGGCCCUGCACUUCCAGCUCACCACAGCCCUGCAAGCCGAAGAGAACGAAGCCGGUUGUCCCGAGGGCUUUGAACUGGACGCCGAGGGGGUGUUUUGUGUGGACAGGGAUGAGUGUUCAGACGACCCGAGCCCCUGCUCCCACUCCUGCCACAACACGCCCGCAUUCUCCUGCGCCUGCCCGGCCGGCUUCACGCUGGCCAAGGACGACAGGAGCUGCAGGGAUGUGGACGAGUGCUUGUGGGGCGCCCACCUUUGCCGAGAAGGACAGCGCUGCGUGAACCUGCGGGGCACCUACCGCUGCCUCCCUGGCUGCAGGCCCGGCUUCCGGGUGGCCGCCGACGGGGCCAGCUGUGAAGAUGUGGACGAGUGUCUGGAGCAGUCGGACGAGUGUCACCACAACCAGCAGUGCGAGAACACCCCAGGCGGACACCGCUGCCGCUGCCUCAGGGGCUACCGGGCCCAGGGCCCCGGGCUGCCCUGCCUGGAUAUCAAUGAGUGCCUGCAGCUGCCCCGGCCCUGCACCCACCAGUGCCACAACCUCCAGGGCACCUACCGCUGCCUGUGCCCCCCGGGCCAGACCCUCCUCCCCGAUGGCAAGACCUGCAUCCCGCUGGAGGCAAACGGAGAGAAUGUGACCACUGUCAGCUACCGGGGCCCCUUGCUGCCCUGGCUGCGGCCCCGAGGCCCUGUCCCGGGAGGCUCCUACCGUGCCUGGGUCUCCCUCCGGCCAAGCUCCAGAGCCCUGGGCGGUGCGGGACGGGCCUGGUGCCCCUCGGGCUUCAUCCGGCAGAACGGCGUGUGCACAGACCUGGACGAGUGCCGGGCGAGGCGCCUGUGCCAGCACGCCUGCCGGAACACCGAGGGCAGCUACCGGUGCCUGUGCCCUGCCGGCUACCGCCUGCUCCCCAGCGGAAAGAACUGCCAGGACAUCAACGAGUGCGAGGAGGACGGCAUCCAGUGCGAGCCCGGCCAGAUGUGCUUCAACACCCGCGGCAGCUACCAGUGUGUGGACACCCCGUGUCCUGCCACCUACCGGCAAGGCUCCAGCCCAGGGACAUGCUUCCGCCGCUGCUCGCAGGACUGCCGCGCCGGCGGCCCGUCCACGCUGCAGUACAAGCUGCUGCCGCUGCCGCUGGGCGUGCGCGCCCACCACGACGUGGCCCGCCUGGCCGCCUUCUCCGAGGCUGGCGUCCCUGCCAACCGCACGGAGCUCAGCGUGCUGGAGUCCGACCCGCGCAGCCCCUUUGGGCUGCGCCCUCUGCGCGCCGGCCUGGGCGCCGUCUACACCCGCCGCGCGCUCACCCGCGCAGGCCUCUACCGGAUGACCGUGCGCGCCGUGGCGCCGCGCCACCAGAGCGUCCACGUCCUGCUCAUCGCCGUGUCCCCCUACCCCUACUGAGGGGGGCGUCGUGUGCAGGAGUUGUGGGGUUGCUACCUCUAUGGAUGGGGCGCAGGGAGGAGCCCACCCAGGCCCCACCACCCAGGCUGGAGGGACGGAGCAGGACCGGGUGGCCCUGCCCUGGUCCACACUACUAGCUGUGGCAAGCGAGGUCAUCUCCCGCUCCCGUGCGUCACUGAGACCUUCGGCAAACAGGACCCUGUGCGCACGCAGGCAGCCUUGACCUCAGGACAACCAGGACGGUGCUCUCCCUCAACCCACCCCCACCCCAGGCCGCAGAGCUUCAGGCUGGGGUCAGAAGUUGACCCAAAGCGACAGAGUCAGCGGCAGGGCUGGAGGGAAGCCUGCAGGUCCGCCCAGCAGCUGCUCCGAGGUUGCCCCCUGCCCCAGGGGCGCGGCAGCCGCUGCCCUGUGCCACAGCAGAAGUGGUCACCCGCCCACGCUGGCGCCCUCAUCCUGAAGCCCAUGUGUGCACGUGUCCACUAUAAAAACAUUUGU